AUGUCCCUAGACAAGUCGCCUUCUGAGACCGAGACGUGGAACGGCGGUCCUGAGCAAUUGCGAGACAAACUUCAGAGCGUGGCUCGCGAUCUGUCCCAGCUCAGCCUUGAUACCGCAAAGUGCACACGCGACCCCAGCGGAGAGGGCGAGGAACAGCCAACCUUGGAACAGAAUUCGGGCAGUCGCGGAGGCGUGUUCUUCAGCGAUGGAGUGCGGCGUGUGGACUACGUGCUGGUGUACCACUGCAAGAGGCGCGGCUCCCAGCACCGCCUGUCCAUCCUGUCCAACGGAUCCAUCCCGCUGCCGACGGCACGCCGGCGCAGUGCAGCGGAGGUGGAGCUGGGGGAGGUGGACAUAGAGCUCAACAAGGAACUGUCGGAGGUCGAGAAGGCCCUAAUCAGACAGGAGUUCGAGGCAGGACUCUUGAAAGAGGGGCUGGAGAUCGAAACUGACAAAGAGCCCAGGACGGUGCGCUUCACGCGACUUCAUGUGCCAUGGGCCGUGCUGAGCAGGGAGGCAGAGAGGAUGAAGAUCAGAGUUCCCACCAAGAAGAUGUACAAGCUCAGAGAGAAGACGGGCAUCUCGGCCAAGAUGGCUGGCCUGUGGCAAAAGAUACUGGACCCCUGUCUGCCUGGCGUCACCAUGGGAGAGGACCCCACCAACAAAGUGCUCAGGCAGCCUUUUAACAGGGACCAGAUACACCUGUUCGACAUUAAAUCCAAAGAUGAUCUUUUUAAUAGUGCAACCAGAGGCCGAAUAGUAUGUGAAAUUUUACGCCGUACAGCCUGCAUACAAACUUGUCAAACUAUUGGCAUCAACACACUAAUUGCCAGGGAGGUGUAUGACUCUGCAUUCCCCCUCCAUGAUGGUGACUUUGACUCGCCAGACAAGAAAGACCAACGCAAUGACAGACAGGCACUACAUGAGGAGUGGGCCAAUUAUGGAAUGUCUUUCAAGUUCCAACCCAUGGAUCUCAUCAGGCAUUAUUUUGGAGAGCAGAUGGGUCUGUACUUUGCUUGGUUAGGAGUCUAUACGCAACUCCUCAUACCUCCGUCACUGCUCGGAGUCAUAGUGUUUAUUUAUGGAUUUCUCACCGUUGAUGCCAAUGUGCCCAGUCAGGAGAUGUGUGGCCUGAACUUCACCAUGUGUCCGAUGUGUGACCAAGUGUGUGACUUCUGGCCGCUGAAUAUCGAGUGCUCGGCAGCCAGGGCCAGCUACCUGUUUGACAACGGAGCCACAGUAGCCUUCGCCAUAUUCAUGUCCUUAUGGGCUGCUGUCUUCCUUGAGCACUGGAAGAGGAAACAGAGGUGUCUUCAGCAUCUGUGGGAUGUGACAGAUGUAGACGACGAAGAGGAUGGCAUGCGACCAGAGUAUGAGGAUAAGCUGAUGGAGAAGAUUCAAAAGAAGAAUAAAAAGAAAAAGAAAGAGCCAGAUCCAGUACCAGAUGAAUCGGGGAAAUUGUUGGCCUCUAAACAUGAGAAUCCGAUCUUUUUGGAAUCUCUGACCUGGAAGGAUCGGAUGAAAGGCUACUGCAUCAAUAUAUCCUCAAUUCUGCUCAUGAUUCUGGUGACGUUCUCUGCGGUGUCGGGUGUGAUCCUCUACCGUGUGUGCGUGUUUGCCGUCAUGUCCAUGAACCCCGACCCUGAGGGCAAGGCUAAUGUCAGAUUUACCGUGACAACCACGGCUGUCGUCAUCAACCUGCUCAUAGUGCUGGUGCUGGACGAGAUCUAUGAUGUCAUCGCAAGCUGGAUCACAGAACUUGAAAUCCCCAAGACCGAAGCGGCGUUUGAGGAGCGGCUCAUUCUGAAGGCUUUCCUGCUGAAGAGUAUGAACGCCUUCGCACCUGUCUUUUAUGUGGCCUUCUUCAAGGGCAGGUUUGCUGGUCGACCAGGAGAUUACAUUUAUGUUUUCAGGAACUUCCGUAUGGAGGAGUGUGCCCCUAGUGGUUGUCUGAUAGAGGUGUGUAUCCAGCUGUGCAUCAUCAUGCUUGGAAAACAACUGAUCCAGAAUAACGUCUUUGAAAUCGCAGUACCGAAGCUGAAGAAGAUGUAUCGUGAGUACAAGGAGUCUCAGGAGGGAGCCCUGGAGCCCCAGGACAACGGGGAGGACCCUAACAGGGAGCCUCAGCCCUGGGAGAAAGACUACAACCUGGAGCCCUACGAAGGCCUCAGCCCUGAGUACAUGGAGAUGGUAAUCCAGUAUGGUUUCGUGACGCUCUUCGUGGCCUCGUUUCCACUGGCCCCGGUCUUUGCUCUGCUCAACAACGUCAUCGAGAUCCGAAUCGAUGCGGCCAAAUUCAUCACAGAAGUCCGCAGACCAGAUGCUGUCAGAGCCAAGGAGAUUGGAAUCUGGUACAACAUCCUGAAUGGCAUCAGCAAAUUUGCCGUCAUCACCAACGCCUUUGUGAUUUCCUUCACGUCAGAGUUCAUCCCCAGGAUGGUCUACCAGUACAUAUACAGUCAGACGGGCACCAUGCAUGGCUACACCGAGUACUCGCUAGCCUACUUCAACACUAGUAACUUCGCACCAGGCACGGGGCCCAGCAUCACACAUUACAGCAAAGACCUCCGACUCUGCAGGUAUAAAGAUUACAGAGAUCCUCCUUGGUCUCCUGAAUCCUAUCAGCUCUCUAAGCAGUACUGGUCAGUCCUCGCAGCCAGGCUGGCCUUUGUCAUCUUUUUUCAGAACUUGGCCAUGUUCCUGAGCAUGCUGGUAGCCUGGCUCAUCCCGAAUGUGCCCCGCUCGCUGAAGGACCAGAUCAAGAGGGAGAAGGCCGCCCUCAUGGAGCUGCUCAUGUCGCAGGAGCGUCCCAAGACCUCCUCCCAGCGCCGCGCCUCCUCCUCCAGGGGGGACAACGUUAUCACCAGGAGCCCCCUGGAGGAGUUGGAGGAGCAGGAGGAGCAGGAGGACCAGCAGCCACCAAGAGGGGAGGGUAGCGGAAGCGGACAGAGGACCCCAGAGGAGGCCACAGCACAACCGGACACUGUGUCAUUGGAGACUGACCCAUCAGAGGAGAAGGAAAACAAGGAUCAGAACAAGGGUGGUGGGUCUGAGCCUGAACCAGAUCCGGAUCGUGACCCUGGUUUUGACACCAACCAGGACCCCAGUGAAAAGUCUGAUAGUGACACACACAAAGAGCAGUCCACCAAAGGGUCACGGUCCAAGCUGGUGCAUCAGGUUUCCUUAGAUGAAUCUCGUACAACGGAGGAAUCUAAGGAAAAGCAGGAGGGAACAGAAGACAACCCCAGGACCAAGCCGCGCUGCCGUACCCUCCCUCCCCGUCGCCACGAGCCCAAAGAGGAAGACAGCGGUGCAGCGCGAUCCAGCCAAUCAUCAGUCUUCACCCACCUCAGUCAACAGGUGCCGCCCUCACGCAGUCAGCUGACAAACGUGAAGCAGUCAUCACAGAGCGAGCUCGCCAGGAGCAUCAUCAAGAAUCGCACAAAGGCGCCGGCACCACCACCGCCGACAUCAUCUCAACCCCAGUCCAGAACCUCUUCUGAAAUGGAGCUGGCCCAAAUAAACAAAUCGCGUCCUUCCUCACAGAGUGAUGGUGGCAUGUCCGCCAAUGGUGCUCCGUCCCAGCCUCCCUCGAGGCCCUCCUCAGGCUUCGACCUGAACCAGACCACCCAAAGAAGCUUCUCCAGAGGGUCGUCAAUGGAGGGCGAGGUUUUUGACGGGUCCACCAUUAGGAAGCCACUAUCGCGGCCACCGUCCAGAACCCCGUCCAGACCGCCGUCAGACCUGGAGCUGGCCCAGAGAGUACACAAGUCUCUGUCACGGCCAGCGUCGGAGGACGAGCAGGCACAGUCGUCAUCAAAUCCUCCGUCCCAACCACCGUCGAGGCCUCCAUCCAGGCCCCCAUCCAGACUUCCGUCAGACCUGGAACUGGCCCAGAGGAUCCUGAAGUCUCUUUCGCGAUCAGGGUCUGAGGCUGAGGGAGAGGCUGGGACAGAGGCAGCCUCAGCACACACGUCCAGCAAUCCUCCCUCUCGACCGCUGUCGAAGCCACCUUCCGACACUGAGCUGGCCCAGAGGGUCUCCAGACCUUCCUCCUCGCGUCUUGCUUCCUUUUCCACCUCACGGCCUGCAUCAAUAGAUGAACAGCCGGAAGACGCCUCCAAAUCCCCACCCACGUCCCCACCAUCGCAACCUCCUUCAGAGAGCCAGUCAGAGAGAAAAGCCCCUCCAUCACGAGGCGCGUCUCUGUCCUUUUCCACCUCACGGCCUGCAUCAAUAGAUGAACAGCCAGAAGACGCUUCCAAAUCCCCACCCACGUCCCCACCAUCGCAACCCCCUUUACAGAGCGAGUCAGGGAGAAAAGCCCCACCAUCACGAGGUGCGUCUCUGUCCGAACAAUUGGAAAACACCCUCACAAUGAAGAGCCUCUCAAGACCCCCCUCCUCACACAGUGACUUGGCUCAGCGUCUUCUCUCAGGUGCUCCUUCUUCAGCCUCCGACCGGACAUCCAGAGGCAAGGGACGUUGCCAGACCCUCCCUCCCAACCAGAGGCCGCCCGAGGCUGGGGAGCCUGGCGUCAGCGUCAGGACCAGUCACUCCAGCACCUUCACACACCUGAGCCAACAGGUGCCGCCAUCACGCAGUGAGCUCAAAAGGGACGCACACGUGUGAUUACAGACCAUGCAUGGGUACUGCACAUCAAUAUUCCUCCUCCAGCCAUGUGCCUCGAGACUCAACCAGAGACGAAUGAUAAGGUAGAGACGAUUCAUAGGGAGUUUCUUCCGGGAUCCAAAUGAGACUGUAAUCCUAUGGCAGCCAUGCCCCUUUAGGAGACUAGGAGAAUGAAUGGAGUUCAAUGGAAAGUUACACCCAUUUAGGAGAUCAGACUUGAAUCCACUGUGUUGCACUGGUGAUGUAUGCUAUGACUUACCUUGGUUUACCAUAUGGAAAAUCUUUGACUCAACACCAUCGAGCAG